CAGUUUCAGGAGAAACCCACAGGAGAUUGGAAUCGCCAACGUCUUCCUGACUGUGUCUCUUGUAGGUUCCAGAUCUAAUACUUCAUUGAGAAAGGAUGUGGACUCUCAAAUACUACAACUGUGAGUGCUGUGGGAGUGAUUUUGUCAGCUGCAAGGCUCUGAAGUAUCACUUUCAACAGAAGCAUUUUGGAAAAGUUCACUAUGAAAAAUUUGGCCAAGAAGUCCUGAGGGAGAAGCUCCAAGAUCACAGUAAGUCUUUACAUGACAGGUCAGCCAUGGAGACACACAAGCUCAACUGGGAAAAUCUAGAAGAAAGGAAUAUAAAGCAUAUGGCUGCAGAAAUAUCAAAAACCUGCAGGAUGUGUUCUAGGCACUUUGGAACCGUCCUUAGUCGGGAGAAGCAUGAAAUACAAGAACAUCACUUCACAGCCAGAAAAAGAGCCCAAAUGUCUACAGGAUUUUCACCUCAUAAUAUGUUGGAGUGUAAAAGUCCCCAAGAGCUACAGAGAUUUGCAGAUAAAAAUAUCCGCCCUGCCUCUGGUCAUCUGAGCACUGCAUGUGUGGCUGAAAUUGGGGCCCUGUUCAAGUUGAUCCAGGAUUGCUUUCCGGUGCCGGCCUCCCGAGUGAUCCAGGGUGGUUCUUAUAUAAAGGGGACUGACACCCAAGGAUGCUCAGAGAUUGACAUCGUGUUGUUCAGUGAUGUGUUUGCCAAUGUGAACCAUUGCAAAAAACAACUGAGAGAAGCGCUGGAUGCUCUGAGGGAAAACUUAAAGCAAACAUCACGUGGAAACAGGAUCCUAAUGGGAAAGAGAGCACCAUUGUCUUUAAGAUUCAAUUUUUUAUGUACUGAAGGUCUUCACAAUCAUUCUUUUGAGAUCAUGGCCUGCUAUGAUGUCCUGGGGCAUGCACCCUCCACAGAUUUAAAACACCUUUACCGCAAACUGUACCUCUGUAACGACAGUGACUCAGCACAGCUGUGUGCCUUGGCCCUCUUGCCGUACCAAGUGGAUUUUGUCAAGGCAUCUGUGGUGAGGGUGAAGGAGCUCAUUCGUUUAACGAUACAUUGGUUCAAGACGUCAUUUGCCAGGUCCACCGAGGAAAAUAAAUUCCGCAGACUUCCCUCCUCUUACACAGUGGAGCUCCUCACAAUUCACAUCUGGGAACUGGCAGGAAAGCCGCUGUUGUUCAGCCUGGUGCAGGGAAUGAGGGCAGUCCUCAAACUUCUGGUUCGAUACACAGAAAUUGAUGUCGUUUGGCACAGACACUACCAUCCCAAGUUCCCCAUUUUUGUAAAGGUUAACCAGAAACACACCAGGCCGUUCAUUUUAGACCCCGUAAAUCCUACUGUCAACGUGUGUGACACCUGCAAUGCCUGGGACGAGGUUGCCCUGGUGGCGAGGCAUAGCCUGUUGAAGCCUCUUUUCAGCAGAGUAAGAGCUGAGCCCCCUUGGCUUUUCACAAACAACUGGUAAACUGGACAAGGAGCUACUCUCCUCAGAUUUUUUUUUUAAUUUUUAAAAUGUUUUUUAUUUUAUUUUUGAGACAGAGACAGAG